AAGUUCCUUGAAGAUGAUAUCAGCAAUGGUGUUGUGUUCUUCUCUCAAUGACUUUGCGACCCCUCAUCCUCGAAUUUCCAGUCGAUUGGAACGUCAAGAAGGACAUCGCAUUGCAGCUUGACAGCAGGACAAUGGAGAAGGAGGCUAGGUGGUUGUUGGGAAACUCGCGAAAGGGGGAUUGUUUUGGAGAGCUUUCGCUUUUGAGGCUUGCGCCCAAGGCGGCUACGGUUUCGGCUGUUGUUCGUCCCACUACGCUGCCUACUGUUGAUGAGGAAUCGUCUUCGUCCUCGACUCCCAAGAAAAUAGGUCCGAAACUCAAAGUUGCUGCACUUGACGCACUAGCGUUCACUAGACUCUUUGGUCCACUCAGGGAGAUCAUGGAUCACUAG